UUUUUUUUUAUUAUUUAUUUGUCUUCGACCAUGGCACAACAUGUACAACACGACUCUACAAAUAUAAAUAAUAUUAAAGAUCUAGUAGGGGCGAUUCCACACAUGUCCAAAACCAUUGUUGACGAUACCUUGUAUGAAAAAGUUUUGACCAUUUUGACUACGUUCCUAGAUUCUCAUACUUCUCACAGUCAGUUAUUGGACGAAUGGCAAGUAUUUGACAUUUUACAAGAGGCUUGUCAACAACCAGAUCAAGAUUAUCGCGUACUUUCUGUCUGUCUUCGAUUGUUAGGCAAAUGGAUCUCUGUCUCUGACGAUGCUCUUUUUUACAAGUUAGAAACUCAUUAUCUUUCUUUACUUACAUUGAUGGUUUCUGCUUUGCGUACUUCUGAACCUGCUCUACGGUGUGCGUCCUUGGAAGCGUGUCAAGGGUUGAUUCAUGUACCACAAGGCUCUUUAUGGCUUUUGAAAAACAAAGAUGUCAAAUCACUUAUUUCCUUAUCUUUGAUGGAUGAAAGUAUCUAUGUGGUGACUCAAGGUUGUCGAUUCUAUUUAUCACUCAUGGAACAGACAACAAAUUCUCAAGCAUGCAUUGAAUUAAGUAAAUAUAUGGAUCCUUCUAUUCAAAUCAAACAUUUUUUACUCCAGCAUCAUCAUCUAUCUCUACUUAUCGCUGCAUUAGAAUUUUGUUGGACUUUUGCCAAUUCUACUUGUCCAUCUGUUUAUAACUAUUUGGAGCAAACACAAUUGUUGUUCCCCUUGCCGGAUCUCUUUUUAAAAGUGAAUAACAAAAUGAUUCGAAAAAGAAUGAUUGAAAUCUUAUCAGUAGUGUGCCGAUGCUCGCCUUCUCCUAUCCGACUUUUAACUUCCAACGACGACUUUACUCAAGAACAAAACAACGAUCAUCAUUUGGAAAAGGCAUAUACAUUUAUUCAAACGAUCUACAACGAUAUGAUCAUACACCAACCUAAUUCAAUAGAUGAUGCUUGUACCGGUGUGGAAAUCAUUCAAGUAUCACUGGAACUCUUAGGGCGAUUAAAGGAACAACAACGAAUGACUUGUGUUACGAAGAAUAUUCACGAAAUCAGCAGUUUAUUAAUGACUUUACUUGGAUUAUGUAUAAUGAAAAAUGGCGAUGCUUAUUCCGUUACUGAUGGUAUUGAUAUGACAAAGGUGAUAGAUCUGUUACAAAUGUCCAAUCGUCCCGUGGUUUUGCAAUGCAAGUUGUUACAAGCUAUUAUUAAGGCAUUAAAUUCAUUGAUUGAAACAUUCACAUUAGAAGUCAAGAAUGCUGAUGGUUUAGAAGCCGCUUUAACCAUUUUAUCGGAACCUUCCUUCUCUCGUGAUCAAAAACUUUUGAAAGAGUGUCUGCAGCUAGUCAUCACAUCACUUCACUGUCAAUCAAAUCAAGUAUCUUCACUUGAAUUACAAUCUACCUUUUUCAAGUUCAUGACGUUAUUAAUUAGUAAGAUGGAUGAUGAUUCCGUGGAUAGUCAAAAUUUGGCUUUGAUAUUAUCAACAUUCAAUCAAUUAUUGGGACAUCAGCCUUUUCAAGCAUAUUUACUUCAACCGGAAAUGACAAGACCUUUGAUGGAUGUGAUUAGGCUCAAGUUUGUUGAUGUAGAAUGGGAUGUACGUGAUGCUGUGAUUGAAUUUGUUGCUGGGCUGUUUGAAUCAAGAGAAAAUGACCAUAUCAGUUUGAACAACAAGAUAAAUUUUGCAAUCUCGUUGGACCUUCCUUUAUUGGUAUUAGAUCGUAUUAAAGAUCAAGAAGCUUAUGUGCGAGCAUCUGCUCUAAGAACUGUGCAGAUGAUGAUGAAAACUGGACCAGGCUGGAUCUUCAUUCAACAACAUGAGCGAUUACGAAAUUUAUCAAGUACUUUGCCUCGCUUAUUAUAUGACACUGAAGCAUUUGUACGACGGGCCACUUUGGAUGCUAUGAAUUGCCUUGUUGAACAUCGAUCAUGUGAAGGCUUACUAUUGACACAACCAGACCAAGAUCCAACAACAGAUCAAAAAGACAUUCUCAGUUCUGAUACUUUGGCCAUGUUAAUGAAUGAUGAUGAUAUCGAGGUUCGGAUCCGAUUGUGUCAAUUGUUGGAUAGUUUAUGGCAACUCAGGGUACACGAAAGGAAUCGGUCGCAGCAACAUUCAAAAACAAGACAAGGUCGAUUGCCUUAUUUUUAUCUCUUGCAAGGAGAUCAUUGGUUAUUAGAGGCGGUAACUAUUAGAAAAUAAUAGCAAAAAGUGUUCCAUUCAUUCCUCUUUUUCUCAUUAUUAAUUUUUUUUAUUAGGUAAAGGACAGUCAAAGGAUGGUACGAUGGGAAGCAAUCAAAGUAGUGGAACAUAUAUUAGCUAGUUCUUCAACCCUAUCAACAACACCAAUGACAGGCGAUAAACGAACAAGAGUGGAUGAUGAUGAUGAUGAUACAACGUUUAUACAACAACUACUGGAUUUGGAUCUCACUCAUAUCAAACGUACCACUGAUCCUGAAGAUUUAUACUCAGAAGCAUUUGAGAUCAGUCCCACCAUGAUGACUCAACCCAGUGACCCCAUGGAUGAUGCACAUAUGUUAGAUUGUUAUUAGAUUCCCACUGUAGAUAGACCUUUAGAAUACCAUAUGACCCUGUAGAUUUUAGACUCAUACAUUUUGUUUAAUAAAAAAAAAUA